UCUAUAUUUUGCGAACGUCAAAUUCUAGCUUGAUAUCUGGCUGGCUGGCUAGCUAGCUAGCUAAUGUAUGUUGUUAUCGAGUUUGGUUGAAAAUGGUAACUAAUGAAUAAGCCUCACUAUUAGAUACCAUCUAAUCUUAAAGGCAAGUUGACAUAAAGAUGGAUUUUCUGAUGUUCUAGCUGCAACCAUCAACAGGAUCCAUGUCUUUUCUUUUGCGUUGGAUCUCAGAGAAAUUGAACGUGGAGAGCUUGAGGGAUUUGGAGUUAUUUGGAGGUGAGGUCAAAGGUGAUAAUAAAAGCCCAUGAAAACAGCCACGAGAGCCUGACGUCACUCCCGCGCCCACCGAGGGACACGAUGGGAAGCUUUGUCCCUGACAGCAGUGCCUACGAGCUCCUCGCCGUCAUCGGUCGAGGCCUGGAGGACCUAAUGACUGUGAACUUGGCCAGAUACCGGCCCACAGGGGAACAUGUGGCCAUCCGUCGAAUCGAUCUGGAGUCCUGCACAAAUGACAUGGUCAACUACCUGCAGGCUGAGCUCCAUGUGUCCAAGCUGUUCCACCACUCCAGCAUUCUGCCCUACAGGAGUAUCUUCAUAGCUGACAAUGAGCUGUGGGUCAUCUCUCCCUUUAUGGCCUAUGGAUCAGCCAGAGAUCUGAUCAGCACCCACUUCACUGAUGGCAUGAGUGAGCUAGCCAUCGCCUACAUCCUACUGGGCAUGCUCAAAGCCCUGGAUUACAUCCACCACAUGGGCUAUGUACACCGGAGUGUGAAGGCCAGCCACGUGUUGAUCUCGGCGGAUGGUCAGGUGUGUAUGUCUGGUCUGCGGAGCAUCAUUAGUCUGAUCCGUCACGGCCAGCGGGCCAGAGUUGUCCAUGACUUUCCGCAGUACAGUGUCAAGGUUCUGCCCUGGCUCAGCCCCGAGGUGCUCCAGCAGAAUCUGCAGGGAUACGACUUCCGCUCAGACAUCUACAGUCUUGGCAUCACGGCCUGUGAGCUAGCCAAUGGGCAUGUGCCCUUCAAAGACAUGCCAGCCACACAGAUGUUGCUGGAGAAGCUGAAUGGGACUGUCCCCUGUCUCCUGGACACCACCACCAUCCCCCCCGAGGAGCUGACCAUGAAGCCCUCCCGCUCUGGGGCGGAUUCUGGGAUCUGCGAGGGCCCCGGCACCGGGGGGGCCCGCCACUCUAACGGAGAGCCAUCGUCGUCCUCGGGAAGCCACCCUUACAGCCGUACCUUCUCCCCCCAUUUCCAUGCCUUUGUGGAGCUGUGUCUGCAGAGGGACCCAGAGAAGAGACCUUCUGCCAGUGCUCUGAUUGGCCAUUCAUUCUUCAAACAGAUCAAGCGUCGCCCAUCAGAGGCCCUGCCUGAGCUGCUCCGGCCUGUGUCACCCAUCACCGGCUUUGAGAGUACCCAGCAUGAGGACUCUCCUUCUGGGCUUGCCAGCCUUGAGUCUGGGAUCAGCCACCUGGAUGUGGAUGACUGGGACUUCUGACCACGGACAAACAAAAGACUGUCAACAACUGUAGUAAACAAGCGGUUUUAACAGGCGUUCUGAGAUGACUGGCCUGGAUUUCCGUUUUCUUUUUAAAUGGCCUGUGUAAAUAAUUCAAACAAAAGUUUCCCCUCCCUCUCAGGCUGAGUUUAAAAGCCAGCAGCCAUCUUGCCUCUCUUUGCUAUUGCUCUAGUCUAAAAGAUGCAUGAGCAGUCAAACUCUCUGACUACCUCUUUCAUCCGCCUCUUCAGAUUCCGCUAAACGCUCUGGACAGAUUGGAGUAUGUCUGUCAGUUUUUCCACCUGCCAGUCGAGGUGUUCCAUUAAAGUUUGAGCUGGGAGGCUCUUCACCUCUUGAUUUAGCCCAGCCUAGAGCCAUAUAUUCACAUUACCAACACCAGGUGCCGGCUGACUGCUCCAACCGCAUUAACAACAGUUGAUCCGAUCAGUCUAGCCGGCAAAGCAGAUGGACUAUUCCAGGGGUUUGUCACAGGUUUGCCAUGUGCUGGACUUAGUGUUCGCAUCUCCUCACAGCUUAGACAAAAGCCUCUCUGCUUGUGUCCUGAGAGGCAUUUGGUUAUCAUGUGGUUUACCAGAAACUCUCAAACACACAAUUUAAGAUGGCAAAGCUAGUGGACACUAGACUGUGUAAACAGAUCCCUUUACAGUGGAUAGGUACAUCUUUUUCUGUUUUGUCUCUUGUACUUUGGAUAUGAAAUGACUAUGAAAAAAGCAGACCGCUUUAAUUUGAAGACUAUAUUGUGAGAAAAUGUUAGAUUCUCUUUCAAGGACAAAAAGUUAGUUGGACAAAUUCACAAUGUGCAUUAGUUAGAAGUUUAAUAUUUGUUUCCAUAGACUAGGCAUGCAAGGAUUACUUCAAGUAUGUGACUAAAGACUUGAUGGAUGUAUUUUCCGUUUGUUUUGGUAUUAUAAAAUGUUAUAUCCAA